CUAGUUUGCGGUCACAUUAGAGGCGGCCGGCGUCAGAAAAAAACAGAAACGUUUUCGCCAAUUAAAAAUAAAAUCAACGAAAGAUACAUUCAAUUGAAAAAAGACCAGCAAAAUGUCUUUCAAGGGCAACCCUAAGGUGCAAAAGGUGAUGGUACAGCCCAUCAACCUGAUCUUCCGUUACCUGCAAAGUCGCUCCCGCGUUCAAGUCUGGCUAUACGAGAACAUCUCGCUGCGCAUCGAGGGCCACAUUGUGGGAUUCGACGAGUACAUGAACUUGGUGCUGGAUGAUGCUGAGGAAGUGUAUGUGAAGACGCGUCAACGCAAGAAUCUAGGCCGCAUCAUGCUUAAGGGCGACAACAUCACACUCAUACAGAAUGUCAGCCCCUCCAAGGAUUAAAAACUACACUCCACAUCAAACUGCCUCUAGUUAUUAUUAAGGGAUUACUUGUAAAUCGUACCGAAAGCUUAUCCACAAUAAAAUGCAACAAAUUUUAUAUGAAA